ACAACGUCUCUUGUCCCGGUUCCUAAGUUCGGACGCUUGCUUAAAGUAAACCGAAAAUAAUAAUAAUAAGAAUAAUAAUUUAGUAAAGUAAAAAUUAUAUAUAUAUAUAUAUAAUUAAACUCGGAUGAGUUUUGGAUUUGUUCAUUAAUUUUCUCGGUUGGAGAAGGCGAUGACUUCGAAGUGAGAUAUCAAAAAUCAAUUGGACGUAAACAUUCCAACCCCUCGGAAAUUAGUAAGAAGGAUCAUAAUAACGUUUUUACAUGAAGCUCUGUAGAUUUUGUGUGAAUUUCAUUCGCUUGGUUUGGCACACCGUUUUAUUCUCCGAAGGGGUUAGAGCGAGUUGGGAAGAAUGGUGGACAUACGAUGGAAUAUCAGGUCCAGAUUUUUGGGGUCUCCUCAAUCCAGAGUGGAGCCUUUGUAGUAAAGGAAGAAGACAGUCCCCAGUGAGCAUCGAGCCGUCGGCGUUGCUGUACGAUCCACAUCUUCGACCUCUUCACAUUGACAAGCACAGAGUUAGUGGUACGAUCACAAACACGGGUCAUGGUGUCCUCUUCCGAGUGGGAUCAUUAGCACCUACUUCAACAGUAAACAUCACUGGCGGUCCUUUAUCCUACAGGUACCGAUUUCAAGAACUACAUUUACAUUAUGGACGGACAGAUGAUCGAGGAUCGGAACACAUUAUUGCUGGACAUGCCUUUCCCGCAGAGCUUCAAAUACUCGGCUACAAUUGCGAUCUGUACAACAAUCUAACAGAAGCAUUGUCAUUGAGGAGAAGUGAAGGUGUUGUUGGUAUUGCCGUUCUCUUACAGACUGGUGAUUUAUCAAAUUCUGAACUGAGAAUUCUCACAAGUCAACUCCCUCAUAUAAUUUAUAAAGGUCAGGAGGUACCAAUGAAACAUUUGUCCGUCCACGGAUUGCUUCCAGACACGGAAUUCUUCAUGACGUAUGAUGGUUCUCUAACAAUGCCUGGAUGCUAUGAAACAGUUACAUGGUUAGUAAUGAACAAGCCCAUUUAUAUCACCAGACAGCAGGUUAGUGUAUUUUUCUUUUUCUAAUAUUUUUAUAACAAAUGUUUCUAUUGUAAAAUAUAAAAUCUUUAUGACUUCUAACGUUUAGUACUAAAUAGUUUUGUGAAAUGAUGUCUACAGCUAUUGAAAUUUGGAAAAUAGCCAUUAAACCAAGGAGUCAACAAACGUUAUAUCUUUCGUUUCUUGUGUUUCGCGCGAUUAUGCAAAUUAUUUUAUGGCUAAUCGAAGCAAAUUUGCCGAUUUUAGACAAAAUUUUUGCACUUGUUAUAAAAGCGAAUUCGUGAAAUUGGGCAAAUGUGAAAACAUUUAUAAAUAAAAAUUUUGUUUAGCUUUUAAAAUCAGAAUAAUUAAGCAUAUAUUAACUCUAUAUAACAUCAAAUCUUAACAUAUUAAAUAUUCUUUUAGUUUAUAAAAGUGACCGUCGUCAGUAGCUAUCGUUAAAUUAUACAUUUUAAGAAGUUAUGAGUUAAAAUUUAAAUAUUUUAUUCAUUUAAGAAUUUCAUUUACAGCAGCAAACAUGUUAAUCAACUCGAG